UCUUCUUUUCUCCUCAAAAGCGACCCAUUUCUUUCCGGGAAAGAACAAGGCCUCUCCGAUUACUACGAAGAGAGUAAAACAAUAAAAGAAAAACAAAACCAUGAAGACAGUUAUUGCCAGUAAUUUCAGACCCGCGUUUUUUCCGUGUCAACUCAAUAGAAACUCGGGUCAUUGCUUGUUCAGACCCUUCACUACUCACAUCUUCAGAAGAAGUUUAACCGCUAAAGUUCGCGCCUUUUCUACUGCCUUUGUUGAAACCAAGCCUACGGAACCUGUGGUGGAGACAGAAGGCAGUGGCGGUGACAACGGUUUAGCUUGUCCCAUUUGUUAUGACCCAUUAACCAGGCUCAGUGACUCCCCUUUAUACGUAGGAUCAACAGCUGGGUCUAGUUUGCAAUGUAACACUUGCAAAAAGACUUAUUUCGGUAACGAAACCCAUCUCGACCUCGUUGCCUCAAGUGGGUCCAAGCAGUAUGAUGAAUCCAUGCCACUAGUCACCGAAUUGUUCAGGACUCCAGUGGUAUCGUUUCUCUAUGAGAGGGGUUGGCGUCAAAGUGCUAUCUUUGGUGGCUUUCCAGGUCCAGAGAAAGAGUUUGAUAUGGCUAAGAAUUACCUAAAGCCAGUGCUAGGUGGAAACAUUGUUGAUGCUAGUUGUGGUAGCGGGUUGUUCUCCAGACUUUUUGCCAAGAGUGGAUUAUUUUCACUGGUUGUUGCUCUGGACUACUCAGAAAACAUGCUGCAACAAUGCUAUGAAUUCAUCGAGGAGGAGGAAAACUUCCCUAAAGAGAAAGUGACCUUGGUUAGAGCUGAUAUCUCUAGACUUCCCUUCAUGUCAAGUUCAGUCGAUGCUGUGCAUGCUGGUGCUGCUUUGCACUGUUGGCCUUCGCCAUCAACAGCUGUGGCUGAAAUAAGUCGAGUUCUUCGACCAGGAGGUGUUUUUGUUGCUACCACAUACAUACUUGAUGGGCCUUUUGCGUUUGUGCCAUUUUUGAGGACUUUCCGCCAGAAUAUAACGGGAAUAGCAGGCAGCCAUACCUUCCUCUCUGAACGUGAACUCGAAGAUCUCUGCCGAACUUGUGGACUAGUUGGUUUUACAUGUAUGAGAAAUGGACUUUUUGUGAUGAUCUCAGCUAGAAAACGCAGCUAAGCAUCCAUCUUACCA